AUGACUCCUUCAGUUAAUGGAUAUGUGGCAUUAGACCAGAUUCAAGACCUCCAUGAACUUUGUAAUACCUAUUAUCACGACAACUACAAAGGAUUACAAAUGCCAGCAAUACUGAAUAGAAGAACAAGUUCAUGGAGACCAUGGAAGAUUGCCCUUAUUAUUGCAGCUGUUGUGUUUGUUCUGGCAAUAAUUAUUGGUCUACUUGUUUAUUUUUUGGCAUAUGAUCAGAAGUCUCAUUACUACCAGGCUUCCUUCCAGAUCCCCAGUAUUGAAUACAAUCCUGAUUUUUCAGUAGAACACUCAAAAAGUGGGACUAACCUAAAACAAAAAAUCAAUAGUGAGAUAAAUAAGAUAUUUCAAAGAUCCAGUUUGAACCAUCACUAUAUCAAAUCUCAUGUUGUCAACCUUAGGUCAAGUAACGAUGGUUUGAAAACUGACGUAUUGCUAAAAUUUCAGUUUACUUCUAACAAUGCAGGCACAAUAAAGAGGCAAGCUUAUGACAUUUUAUAUCAGAAGUUGAAAUCAGAUGAAAGCUUCUUGAAAAUAGAUACUUCAUUACCUUAUCUUAGAGAUGUGAACAAAGUACAAGCAGAGCACAUUUUGAACAGCUAUUGCGGUAUAGGGAGGGAGUCCCCAUCCUCUUCCAUGGAUAGAAUUGCCCCUGGUGUAGAAGCAAAGGAAGCUGCUUGGCCAUGGCAAGCCAGCCUGCAAAUAGAUGGUAUCCAUUUCUGUGGAGCAUCUUUGAUCAGCAAGGAGUGGCUCCUGACUGCUGCUCACUGCUUUGACAAUUAUAAAAAUCCUAGACUAUGGAUGGCUAGUUUUGGAACAACUUUAAACCCUCCACUAAUGAGAAGAAAUGUGCAGUCAAUUAUCAUUCAUGAAAACUAUGCUGCCCAUAAGCAUGAAGAUGACAUCGCUGUGGUGAAGCUCGCGGCCCCGGUCAUAUUUUCUGAUGACGUGCACAGAGUUUGUCUCCCUGAUGCCACUUCUGAAGUCUUGCCUAAGAGUAAAGUGUUUGUCACUGGAUGGGGAGCCUUGAAAAAAAAUGGUCCCUUUCCAAAUACUCUGAGAGAAGCUCAAGUAGAGAUUAUAAGCAAUGAUGUAUGUAAUCAGGUUACUGUAUAUGGUGGUGCUGUAUCAUCAGGAAUGAUAUGUGCUGGAUACUUGAAAGGAGGACAAGAUGCCUGUGAGGGUGAUUCUGGAGGACCCCUGGUUAUUGCACUUGAUAGAAACAUCUGGUAUCUCAUUGGAAUAGUAAGCUGGGGAAUAGACUGUGGAAAACCAAACAAGCCUGGACUUUAUACCAAAGUGACUCGUUACCGGGACUGGAUUAAAUCUAAAACAAACAUAUAA